GUUACAAAAUAGAUAUGGCGAUAUUUACAUUCAUCAUGGCCGAACGCAACCGAUUGUAUUUGCUUAGAUUUGUUUGCAACUAGAGAAAUAUUUCAUGAAUUGAAUUGCUAGGACGUGUAGAAUAAUGAUAAUUUCUGAUAAGAAUGAGAAGAAGGUUCAAACCGGCGCUUGUAGAGUCGUAUUGCGAUAAACGAGGCAACUCCAAAACUGAAACUGUUUCAAAUGAAAGAAGGCGAGCUCGCUUCAAACCAAAAGUUGCAAUACUCUCAUCUUCUCAAAAGGUUACUAGUCAGUCUUCACGAAAAUCUCUGCAAUCAAAUCAAAAGGAAAAUGAAACCCAUGAAAACAGUUCAACUGCUGCUAAAUCCGUUUCCUCUACCGUUGUGCCAAGUAGCAAUGGUCAACAACCUUUGUGUGAUAUAGCUACAAAACUACAACAUGAUAAAGAUAAUUUCUGUAAAAACAUUGAUGAUGUAUGUGAAACAGUGGCAGGAAUCAACAGUCAACCUAUAUCUCAUGGCAGCCUAUCUGUGGACUCUGCUGCUGGAUCUCCCACAAAUCAAUUGGCAGUUGCCAAGCAACAUGAUGCAAGUUCAUCAACAAUGUACACAGUAUCAAACCAUUUUCCCAAGACAACCAUGUCAAAUAUUCAAAACACUGAAGGCUUUGACUUAACUCAAACUGGUUCGAAUUCAAAAGUUUCAAGUCAUAGGGAAGAAAUUCAUGCACAUGUUGAAGAUAAUACAUCAUUGAACAAUCAGAAUUCAACUGACUUUGCUGAUGAAGAUGAAAUAGCACCAAAUCCUCUGCAUGUUUCUAGCCCACUGGUUUCUAAUCAGAUAAGUGAGCGGAUUUCCAACAAUGGUAUGCUAAGUCUUGCAACUUUGACAAAAUAUGACAGACCAAGUGUAAAUCAUAAGUCGUCUAAUCAGUUGACCAGACGAGAACAUAUUAAACCAAAAGUUAGCUUACAAACAAAAAUGUCAAGGAUAUCAGACAAUGUCCCAACACCUCUUGUGUGCAAUAAUACGUCAAUAUCUCAAUCUGAAAAUGUUUCAACACUUCUAUCCCCAAGAACUGCCUGCAUAUCUUCUCAAUCAUCUGAGGACACUGUUUUCCUAUCAUCAACUACAAAUGUUUGUACUUCAUCCUCAAACAAUGAUCCUUCAAUUGAAGUAUCCAACCUUCCUACAUCAUCCAUAGAUGUUUCCAUACCUCCAUCAUCCAAAAAUUCUCUUCAUAAUCUAUCAUCCAAUAAUACUGUUUCUCUUUCAGUAUUGGACAGUAAUACACCACCUUCUUCAUCGAACAGUCAAUCUACAGUUCAGUCUUUAAGUGAUACUGCUACACUUUUAUCAUCUAACAUUUCUCGCACACAUCCAUCAUCCAAAGAUCCAUCCACACUUCCAUCACCUAGUAAUACUAGUGCACUUCCAUUAUCCAAAAUUGCCCCCAUUAUUCCCUCAUCCAACAGUCAAUCUGCAUUUGAGUCUUCUAGCAACACUGCUGCACUUUUAUCAAGAAGCAUUUCUCCCACACCUCCACCAUCAAUCAAUCCAUCUUCACUUCAGUCUUCUAGCAGGGUUUCUUCAAAGAAAUUUCAAGACGAUUUGGAAAUCAGAGCGACACAGGAUGACACGAAUCGAGCGAUUCAAUCAUUUGAAGCGGCAAAUGGCAUUUCAAGUUUUUCUGGAAAUAAAUCUACCCGUUGUGAGUCCCUAUCGAUCAACUGUAAGUCCUCGAGACUUGAAGCUGAAAGUCAUGUUAAGGUUGCUAGCCCUCUUGUUAGAAGGGCACGUUUUAAACCAAAAGUAGGAGUUCCAAAGGUGACUUCAAAUGCUGCUACGGAAAAGGUUAGUCAAAAGCUGGUUGGACUUCGUCGAAACAAUUUUCCAUCAACUGACACAGUUCAUCGUAUUGACGACAGCAAUACGUCCGCUGAAAGUCCAGUGACGUCACAGAGUAUAGAUUCGACACCAUUAAACUGUCCACCACUUGUUGAGGAUAGAACAAUUGUUUUUCAACCAAUGGACACCGAGGAAGAUGGCAAAGAAGCGAACGAUGACUCUAACUUAUGCUACCUUGUUAAUGCUGAUGAUUUAUUGAAUACAAUAUUGAAUGAAGUGACCAUUCAUUCCGUCGAUCAGUCUUCGAACACGUUAGAGGAUGGAUCUAUGGAUAUCUCUGCAGCAGUAGUCCACCGGGAUGAUAUCGUAUCCACCGGGAUGAAAUCGUAUCAGAGUACAGUGGAAGGUACUUUAAAUGAAACUUCUGACCAAAUGUCUAAUUUUGUUGAUGAAUCCCGUAAUGUCGAUACGCGGGCAAGCUGCUCAAAACAAAGUGUCUCACAAUCGGGACUUGUAAUUAAACGUCGGCGUGCUGGAAAGAGGAAAAAACCACCGACUUUUGCCGAGGAAACUGUCGUAUUUGAUAUAUCUAGUCUACCCAUAGCGACCAACAUCGAGGUAGAGCCUGAACUCACCGGUCAACUUGAUCAUCCGUUGUUGGAACUUCCGGAAGACUUGAUUAAAGAAGAUACUGGAAAUUGUUCGAAAAAUUCCAGAGAAUCGUCAGGGACCUCGUCAACACUGAAACAGCGAGCACGAAAGAGAUACACCGAUACACGAAAAGUUGUUUUAUCAAGAAACAAAAAUCAGGCAUCCCGUUUAGUUGAGGCUACCGUAUCAUGUGGUAAAGACGAUGCGGUUCGUUUAGGACAAAAAACUUCGAUUCAUUCAAGUGGCAGCGUUAGCAGUGAUGCGGUUCGUUUAGAAGAAAUCACUUCAGUUGAAUCAAUUGGCAAUCUCGAAGAUGGUAUGGAUGAUUUAAGGAUGACUACAAAAACCAUACCCACACUAGGAAAUAAUGAUAUAACAUCAGCUAGGGAGAACUGUGAAAUGGCAUCAUCAGGGGAUCGUGGUUGUACCUCGUCACGUGCGAUCUGUGUUAGUGAACCUCAAAAUAAUGCAACAGUUGAUAACUCAAGUUGUCAAAAUUUAAGAAGGCGAACACGAGUCGUGCCAAGGAUUCAAAUUGGUAGAAAAUCAAAGGUAUCGAAGAACCAAAAAGCUCAAAAUGCUGCCGUUGCUCAUAGUGACAGGACUGAUCAUGAUUCUUUCACCACAAAUACAAUUCCAGAUGGAACUUUGAAUGUUGAGACUGGACAGGCUGACAGCGAUCUCAGUGGAACAGCCAGUGCCGUAUUGAAUGCGGAUGUAAGGGGAGCCUCUACCGAUUUAAACUGGAACAAUGAAAUUCCCGCGCAAACAACAAAGGCAUUAUCGCCGUUUCGCGUAAGUAAUGGUACAACUAAUGAUAACAGCGCGGUUUCUUCUUCUGCUACGAACUCAAAAUGUCCGAGUCCCUUCAGUGGUGCUGUUGUGAAUGCGGAAGAAAAGAGCUUUGAAAUGUUAAGUGGCAUCGACGAAAAUGGUGGUCCUUCUAAUGAAUCGCACAAUGUUGCCUCUGUCCUUUCUUUUGGAAACGACCAUACAAGUGGGGAGAAAUCUAUGAGACAUGAAACCACGGAUGAGCCUCCCGUAUCCGGCGUGGUGACAUUACAAUCACCAAUACUAGGGUUGUCCCUUGGCAUUUCAGAAUCCACCAUUGAAGAUUCCAUACGAAGCACGUUGGAGUCGUUACCAAAUACGAACGAAUGUCAAGAAUGCCCAGAUUUAGUGCCCAGUCUUAAGACUGUUGGUGAUAAUAUGCUGCAACAAAGAGUUGGCACAUCGCUAACGCAACCUGGUACUUUGGAAGAUAAUGUUGCUAGAACAGUAAGACGCUUAUCACAAGAAGCUUUGAUAGAGGGUUCACCGCAAACGUUGCCAGAGGAUGAUCGAACAGCGGGCAUUGGAAAUGACGGAGAAAACGAUGAAACCUUCUCGUCACGCGUUGCUUCGGGUAAACGACGAAAAGAGCAAGCUAGUUCAAAUAAAGAACUAAAGAAGUCGAAUACGCCGAGAUCUAAAUUAAAACCAAAACCUACUUUACAAAGGAAGCAGAAAUGUCAAGGAAAGGACAGGGAGUCUAUUAAUGCUGGUAAGGUAGUGGGGGAUAGUUCUCUUGUUCAAAAUGGGACAUCCGAUGAUGUCAAUGAUCUAAACAGGACAUUGCAGGACAGCAGUACGUGUAUGAAUGAGCCAGUGCCGAAUACAUGCGGACAGAUACAGACUUCAUGUCUAUCGGAGAACACAUUACAAAAUAAUUUUGUUCCGCAGGACAACGUGGAGGAAUGGGUAGAAAGUGGUUGCCCGAGCAACAGUUGUGUGCAACUGGAUACUUCGGUUGCGGACACCAUAUUGCGUAAUAGUUUGAUCGAGAACAGUCUUAUGACGCAGGAAAGUACCGUUAUAACACACGAAAUAGUAAGUAACUAUGAUCCAGACGUAUCCACUCAAGAGACCUCGACGUCUAAGUCCAAGAAAGGUAAAGGUAAGACUCCCAAACCGAAAGUUCCCAGGAAACGAGGGCGAAAGCCUGCAAAUGCUAAAGAUAACGAAAGCUGCAAUCAAACAGAUCAGGGAAACAACGAGGAAACGCGUGAAUCAGGCACGAGCGGAACAGCUACUACGCCCACUGUUGACAAUCGACAUGGAACAACUGCUUCUCAAAAGAGGCCGAGGGGGCGACCGAGAAGCUCCAAUAAAACACCCAAUCCGAACUUGCAGAACAACACUGCUCCAACUGUCGGGAGACCUCGAAAGAGAAAAAGGAAGGAGCAAUAUGAAGUUCGAGAAGAUGGAGAAGUUGACGUCGCGAAGAUGAAAAUAAGCGACAUGAUCUAUUAUAAUCCUCUUACGAAUCCAAUGAAUUUCGCUGAUGAAAAUGAAACGCCGACGUCGUUUUUUGCCGGUGGUGCCAGUGCAGAAAGUAGACAGUCUGAGACUGUUUUGCCCGCGGUCGAAACGGAUUCUAAUGAAAAUCGAGGAGAAGCGAGCAAAGCCACUGUUUGUGCUCCUCAAGUAAGGAUUGACGCUGACGGUAACAUCGUAUUAGACGAAGAAAGCAUGGUCAUCGAUUCGACGCCCGUUCAGGACAAUUUGCAAGGAGAGGUUGUUUUUGAAAACGCGGAUCAGCAAUACAACGCGUUGAAGAGGAGAAAGAACAUUGAACGAUGGACAAAAAAAGAAACUUUGUAUUUCUACGAAGUAUUAACUCAAGUUGGCACGGAUUUCAGUUUAAUGGCGAAGCUCUUCCCGAAAAGAAACCGAACCGAGCUUAAAAAAAAAUUCAAGAGGGAAGAAAAAAUCAACCGAGACUUGAUAGAUAAAGCUUUGAGCCAAAGAAUACCAAUUUCAGCCGACCUAUUCGCCGACUGCCUGGAGGAAACAGAGGAAGAGAUGCAGCGAAAUCUUAUGGAUUCUGAAACGGCUGACCCUGUAGCGCAGGCUAGAAGGAAAUAACACUGUAUACAGCUCAAUACAGAGUGACAGUUUUAACAAUGCGUGUAGUAUAGAAAUAGUUGAUGUGAAUAAAUAUAAUCUACGUAUUGUGUUCUAUUUAUAAAACAGAUCGCGUUAAAGGAUACAUUUGUACAACUUAUAUGUUAAAUAAAAAGAAUUGAAGCUAUA